GCAAAUUAAUUUUGCUAUUCAACAACACCAUCCUGCUAUUAGCUUCUUUUUAGCAGAAUUGUUCUCAUUCUUAGAAUUCUUAAAACAAUGUCUCAAUUACUGUCUCCUGUGUACACGGAAGCUCUCAAAAUCCAAAACACAUCACUGAAUUUGUGUUCAAAAAGCUCAUGGAAGAAGCCAGAUAAGGUUGCAAAUCCUUGUACUUUAGUUAUGCAAAGUGGUAAGAGAAAAGAGUGUAGGAGGGUAAGAGUUUCUGCUGAGGAUUCAGUUUCUCCCAUUGAUUCUUCUGCAGAUGACUAUUAUGCAGUUCUUGGUCUGCUUCCAGAUGCAACACCAGAGGAGAUCAAGAAGGCAUACUAUGAUUGCAUGAAAGCUUGUCACCCGGACUUGAGUAGCAAUGAUCCUGAGACCACUAAUUUCUCCAUGUUUGUCAAUGAAGUCUAUGCAGUGCUCAGUGAUCCGAUCCAGCGGAAGGUUUAUGAUGAAAUUCAUGGAUAUUCUUUAUCUUCAAUCAAUCCUUUCUUGGAUGAUUCUAUCUCAAAGGAUCAUGUUUUUGUUGAUGAGUUCAGCUGCAUAGGCUGCAAAAAUUGUGCCAAUGUAGCAUCUGAUGUGUUUGCAAUAGAGGAAGACUUUGGAAGAGCCAGAGUAUUCAGCCAACACGGAAACCCUGAAUUAGUUCAACAGGCAAUUGAGAGUUGCCCUGUUGACUGUAUUCAUUGGACAUCUGCUGCACAACUAUCAUUACUCGAAGAUGAAAUGCACCGUAUAGAAAGAGUCAACGUUGCUCUAAUGCUUUCAGGAAUGGGAUCAGCUUCAUUUGAUGUUUUCAGAAUGGCGAGUUCGCGAUGGGAAAAGAGACAGUCAAAAGUCUUGAGGAUGAAGUUAAAGAAAGAGCAAAAAGAGCUGCUGCGGCGGCACGACGAUGGAGGGAAUACUCAAGGAAGGGUGUUGAUAAGCCUCCUAAAUUUAAACUUCCAGAGGCAAGCCCCUAACAAGGACAAGUGACCAAAACUUUCUCUAAACCUUAUGUAACAUGUAGUCAGUCCCAUGUAAUUAAUUCAUUUAUAGUGAAACUAAAUAGAUAUUUGGCCCUCAACUAGCUAUAAUUGUACAUGAACUCUAAUUGAGGUAUAUGUUUAUACAUUUAUGAAUUAUAGUAAUACAAGGGAGAAUAAAAGAAAGCUAUUAAGUAAU